AUGGAUGAAAACAUUAGUAGAGGCUACAUUCAGUUGGGGCGCGGAUCUAAAGCUGACCGAUUGGUUCUGAAAAGAGCUGGUCUGCAUUCUCGACCGCCAAGUGAUCCUUGUCAUUGCAUAUACUUGGCUCUUCUGUUGGCAGGUGUUGGGUUUCUUUUGCCAUACAACAGCUUCAUCAUAGCGGUUGAUUAUUUUCAGUCUCGUUACCCUGCAACAACGAUCGUGUUUGAUAUGAGCUUGAUUUACAUACUUGUUGCUUUUGUUGCUGUUAUUAUUAAUAAUAUUUUAGUUGAGACGUUGUCCUUGAACGUUAGGAUCAUUUUUGGCUACAUAAUAGCAUUUUCGACUCUAUUAUUUGUGGCAGUUUUUGAAAUAUGUUUUGAAGUUUUUGAUUUGGCUCUUGGUUAUUAUGUCAAUUUGCUUGCUGUUGCUGUAGUAGCCUUUGGAUGUACUGUUCAGCAAUCCAGCUUCUAUGGCUAUACAAGUAUGCUCCCUUCACGCUAUACUCAAGCUGUAAUGACUGGGGAAAGUGCUGCUGGAUUGCUGAUAUCUACUAAUAGAAUAUUAACAAAAGCUCUUUUAAAAGAUGAAAAAGUAAACACCAUUCUAUUCUUCUGUAUUUCUAUUGGGAUUGUUGUACUGUGCUUCGUGAUACACUUCAUUCUGCAGCGCACAGAAUUCAUUAAUUUUUAUGUGAAUCUCUGCUCUAAUGCAUCAGAGUCCGAUGAUCUUCAGAAACACAUUAUUUUAGAACCAACUGAGGAUGUUGGUCUGGUAGACAUGUUAGAUCCUUCUGAGACCAAAUGUGGGAAAUAUGGAGUUUUGUCACUCCGUUCGCCUCCAUCUUCUCCUCGAACCGACUCUCUCGUGCAGUCGAACGAGAAACUGGACCAGGUUUUGAAUGAUGGCAGUGACGACGAUGCCUGGAAAACAUCGUGUGAAUCUGUCAACUUUGGUCUUCCACCCGCCUCAGGGACAAAAUACAGGGUACAAGAAGUGGUUGUGAAAAUGAGAGGGACUGCCUACACCAAACAUAUCCAGUGGUGGAGUGGUAUAAAAAGAGGCAUCAUAAAUCGAUGGGAAGUGUCUCGUCUGAUAUGGCCCUAUAUGCUGAGCAUAGGAUUGGCCUAUUUUGUGACUUUAUGCCUUUUCCCUGGCAUUGAAAGCGAAAUCAUUAGCUGUUUUCUUGGUUCUUGGAUGCCAGUAAUUUUGAUGGCAAUAUUCAACUUGUUUGACUUUAUAGGCAAGGUUCUUGCCUCUGUUUCUCACAACUGGACCAGGAGACAACUUCUCUGGUUAUCGGCCAGCCGGGUGGUAUUGGUCCCCCUCCUUGCCAGUUGUGUUGCUCCACGUGGAUCUCCUCUCCUUCCCGGGGAAGGUUGGGCUAUGCUUUUCUCUUUACUCCUCGGAAUCAGCAACGGCAUUGCUGGCUCAGUGCCCAUGAUUCUUGCACCUUCUGUAGUUUCUGAUGAGCAGAAGGAACUUACAGGCAACAUCAUGACUCUCUCUUACAGCAUGGGUUUGACGACUGGAUCUGGUGUAGCUUAUCUUAUAAACUACUUCUUGGGAGCACCUCUUUUGCAUCCGUGUGCAGAGCCCUACAUUCCAGAGGACAUCCCCAUGUUCGACAACUCAACGUUCGUGCCAAUCAAUGCCACCGUGUUCUCCGAUCCUAACUUCAAGCCAUUUUUUCAACGCUGUUACAUCAAAGAUAGUGAGUUCGUGCCCCAUGGGCCAUGUCGUUUGGAAGAUUUACGCCAAAAGAUCACAACUACAUUUUCUAAUAUUGAUUGUGACAUGCUACAGCGAGUGGAGGAAGAAUUAUACUUCAGAUUUGAUAUCCGUAGCAGCACGAAAGGUCCAUAUAUUGAACAUUUUAGGAACAAAACAACAACUUAA